AUGACUUUGUUCCUUCCUGCUGGUUGCCUAAAUGAAAUUUUAGAAUACUUGAAAAAAAAGGAUUUACGCUCAUGUUUGUUAGUGAACCGUCUUUGGUGUAAAAUCUCUGUUCGAAUUUUAUGGAGAAGAAUGCAAAAUUUUAAAACUUUAAUCACUUGUCUUCCUAAGAAAUCCAAAGCAAUUUUAUAUAAGAAUGGGAUCAUAAUAUCAACCUCAAAACCACCAUUGUUUAAUUAUACAGCUUUUAUCAAAAUUCUUUGUAUUAAUGGUAUUCAUCAUGCAAUUAUAAGAUUUCUCAGGAAUCAUCAACCUUCUACUCCAAAAAGACUUGUUAAUAAUAAAAGUUUGAUAAUAACACAGGAAAUAUUUAAAAUGUUUAUGAAUCAAACCUCUUUGAAAAUUUUAUAUUUUGAAUUUAACAUAUCUCGAAUUUGUCAUAAUUUACAAUCACUAAAAAUAACUUUUGAAUAUUUCAUCUCAAAUGGAUUAACAGAAUUAAUUUCUGUUCAAAAAGAUUUAAAGUACUUGGACUUGUACUUGGAUUAUAUUUAUGAUGAUUCGAUUGAAUCAGAAUUGGAUGAUUAUUAUUAUAGUUAUUCAGAUGAAUCUGACUUGGAUUACUGUGACAAACAUUUAGAUGAAAGGCAAUCACUAGCAAAAAUUCCAAACGCAUUAACCAAGUUACACAUUAAAAAAAGGAUUAAAAGAUUUAAAAAUCUUCAACAUGUUAUCCUUCCACAAUUACAAAUUUUAACUUUUGAAUAUAAAUGUCCCAAAGUUGGAUACCUGAUCAAUUUCUUAGAAAUCAAUGGAAAGAAUUUAAAAAAACUUGAUCUUGGAAAAAAUUAUUCUUUUAAUAAUUCAUUAAAUUUAGCUAUAGCCAAUUUUUGUACAAAUCUGAAAACGUUACGAUUUACAUAUUCAAAUACAAACUUGAAUAACUUGGAUUCAUUAAAAGUGAUUUUUAAAGGUUGUGAACAAUUAGAAAGCCUUGAUUUUUUGUGCGGUAAUGAUUGUGAAGACUAUAUAAUGGAGCGUGAAUUUUUAGAGAUGGUUGUAGAAUUUUCACCUAAAAAAUUUCACGAGUUAAAGUUAGAAAUGGGAUCUUACGUAGAUAUAGAAACGGCAUUUCAAUGGGGAUUAAAGACUAUCUUUAAACGCUGGGCGAAUCGUGUGCCAUGUAUUCCACUUUCUUUAACUAUUAUUACGAAAAUAGCAUGGACAAUUACAUUGGAUGAAAGAAAUGACAAAUUAAUUGAAAUGUAUAAAAAAAUUAGGCGUUAUUAA